AUGAUGGUAGCAAAUUUCCGUGGUCUUGCCGCAGCCUGGUACCAAGAACGGCUUUCGCGUGGUGAGUCUCCAAAUACCCUCAUUGAACUGGAAGAAGAGCUGCGAGACGAGUUUGAACCCGACAAUUUACAAGAUCCGCUGCGUGAUCAGCAAUACGAAUUGAAGCAAGCCCAUUGUGCGAGCUUGACCGAGUAUGUUGCCAAGUUCCGACGAGUCUGUACGCAAGUGUGCGACAUGAACGAGCGCAACAAGGUGUCCUACAUCCAACGCGUUCUGCGAACCAGAACCCGUGAGGAGUUGCAGUAUCGUCCUUCCGAGACUGUGACUCUCGUGAUGCAAGUUGCCCUGGACUGUGAGCGCUCUCACAACUCGACCCUUAAUGGUGGUCACGCCAGAGACCGCGACCGCUUUCAUCCCCACUAUCGCCGCCAUCAAUUCAACAACCGACACCAAGAAAGUCGCCCACCGCAUGCGUAUCCUCCACGCCAGCGCCAAGAUGACGACAUGGAAGUAGACAACGCCCAAGUACAACACCGUGGACAACGCCAAGUAGGCCCCUGUUACAACUGCGGACGCAUGGGCCACAGAAUCAGUGACUGCCGCUCUCCACCCCGGAACAAUCAAGGAAGAAGCCAAGCUCAACCCCAGCGCAACAACAUCUCAAGACAUGCCAACCGGCCUCAGCGACCCCAGCGUAAUACACCAAGUCGUCAGCACAAUGCUCAAGUAACCGAAGUCAACAGCGACACAGAAGACAGCGAAGAUGACGUAGAAGAAGUGAUCCUAGGCAACAACAUGGGCCUAGCCCAGCAAGACUCCGCGGAGGAGGAGUCGCUUAACAUCAAUACCGCCCAGCAAGCAGUGUCAGCGCAAGAAAACAAGUUGAUGAUAGUUCACGGCGCACUCGACAGCACAAGCGUUCGCAUCCUGAUCGACUCUGGUGCCUCGAACUUGCUUUGUCGCCCAGGUUUGGCCACGACAGUGAUCCGUUCCAAGGAAGUUCACGGAACGCGGAAGGCUUCGAUCAAUACUGCACUGGCAUCAAGAUAG